AUGGCAAAUGGUGGAGAUAUAAUUCAAAUUAUGGCAGAUAACCCUCAAAAAAGGCCGUCUAAAGGGAUUUUAAAGACGUCAACUAGUUUUGAAAAGCAAGGAAAAAAUUCAAAGAAAAACAAACCCAAAGAGACAAAAUGGGAUGAAAUGAACAUAAUAGCAACUCUUCAUCCCUCCGAGAAAGACUACGGUCAUAUGAAAAUAGAAGAACCUAAAACGCCGUAUAAUUAUGAUUUUGACGACGAAGACGAAGUCGAUGCAAAAGAACGCAUGUUAGAUCCGGAAGAAUUGGCAGAAAAGUUAAAAAAUAAAUUAGAUAGAACUAGCAAAGUUGAUGAAUUCGAUGAGGGAUCGAGUGAUUCCGAAUCGGAAUUGAGCGCGGAAGAAUUGGCGAGGAAAAACGUUUUCAAAAGCAAAAGAAAAAUGCAUUAUAACGAAUUUAAAGUUGUCGAAUUUGCAAGGAAGUUAAUUAAAGCCGACGAAGAAGCAUUGGAAAACGACGAAGAAGGCCACGAUCGGAACGCUUGUCCGACUUCGAGCGGAAAAUUAAUUAAAAUCGGAUACUAA